AUGGCAUGCGGCGGACUCGUGGAUUAUACAAUUUAUCAUUAUAAGAAAGUAUCUUCAUGUAAUACAUCGUCAUAUCCGGAUGAAGAUCUAUCCUAUGUUGAUUCCAUACGUCAAUUACAACAUUCUAUCAUUGAUGACUCGUAUGCAGCUAUCAAGAAAGGUCGUUUUUCCCCGUACGAUAAUCUGAGAAUUAAUUCUCCUCAUCAUUCCAGUGAUAUAAUCACUUAUCGAAGUUUUAAAGAAAAUCAUCAAAAUACUAAUAAUUCAAAUCAUACUGAUUAUUUAAGAGGGUAA